AUGGACCUUGAAAAAGGAUUGGAGCAGCAGCAUGAAGAAGAAAAGCUGCACAAGAAAAAAAAACGCUUUGCAUUUAACGGAAACAUUCUCAAAUUUAGCCAGGAUCCAAUCGAAAUAGAUGUAGCUCGUAUCCAAAGUAAACUCAAAUACAAAUACAUUCUUGUCUUCUUCCUCGCUCUUUGCAUCAUCCUCACCUCCAUCAGCGUCUCGGGCUGCUCCAAUUCCUCCAAGGGAAGUGCAAAUAACUUCCUCAUGCAACUCCGCUACGCUGCUUAUGAACAACCACAACUCUCAGGGGACGGCAUCGUCAACACUGACGCAUACACUACUUGGAAUUCCAACGUUGAAAAUAAAACAGAUAUGACUGUACGCAUAGGAUAUUUUGGUACCUGCACCCGUUCAACCCUACAAACAUCCUCCACCGCCCACCACAACUGGUUCUGCACAAGAAACGUCACCCUACUCGCCUCAAUCAUAGAUGUCCCCACACAGGACCCCUUCAACGUCAUCUACCUCAUGAAUAAUGUCCGCAACCAUCACGUCUCCCCAGCCAUUCUUAUAGUAAGUGUCUGUAUAAACUUUAUUGCGCUCGUCUUCCUCCUCAGAGCUAGUCUCAAGCGGCCAAGCCUUUACUUUAUCUCCACUGGCCUUACCGUAUUUGCCUGCACCCUCGGGCUCAUCGGCAUGGUCUGGCAGCAAGCUUCAGUCGAUACCGCAGUUAGCGUUGCAAGAAACCUUUCCAACAAUUCCAUUGUCGCUCACAGCGGCCGCAUUCCUGCGGGUCUUGGUUGGACAUCCAUUUUCCUCUUGUUCUGCACUGCAAUCGGUAUCGUCUGUCUUGUGCUUUCGGAGAAACAGGCCCUUCUGCUCUAUAACGACAUUGGUGAGGAUAUUGGUGAUCCUGAAGCUGCUCACCAUAUCCCAGAGGAGUUUUCCCCAGAUCAUUCUCCUCAACACCAGCACAAUGCAAACCAAUCAUCCUCCCAUUCGCAUCACGAGCAACAGCAACAACAAUUACAGCACCCACAAAGUUUGGUAACACAUGAAUCGUUGUCGAUACCGGGGAACCUUCAUUCCCAUAGAGUUCCGUAUCCUCUAGACGAAGGUAUACCAAAAGCGUAUUGA